UUGAAUGUCACUGCAUCCUCUAUCCUGCCCCGCCUCCCGUAUCCCAUAACUGCUGCAGUCUGUUCUCUGCUGGCCCCUCAGCACUACAGUUAUAGUGCCGGACUGAAUGAUGCAAGACUGUGUGCUCAGGAAUCAUAUGAUCCCGGUGAGGGAUGAUGAAGCUGAGUCCCAAAGAAAGGCCAAAUCACGACAGGCCAGACAGACGCGCAGAGCUACACAGGGAAUUACCCUUUCAGAGUUGAUGGAAGCAAAGAAAACCUUCAGCACAUCAAAGCUGGACAUUCAGUCAGGUGAGGUGUGCAGAUCUACUGAAGGUUUGUGUCUUCAGAGAAGAGUUCAUGAGGAGGACCAACUGUCUGAAGAACACACAAGCCACGAGUCCACCAAUGAACACCUGGAUGAGCAAGGAAACUGGAAAAGAAGAUCAGCUAAUAAAUCUGAGAGAUCUUCAUUUUGCAUCUCAUCAGUCAGAGGAGCCUGCGGUUUCACUCCCAGUCUGAACAAUCACAAGAUUUUAAAAGAGUCUGAAAGCACAGAUGAAAAUGAGAACAUUGUUUAUGGCUCAUCUGAUGCGCAGCGACUGACAGAUGACAGUGAUUUCAGUGCAGACGUGACCUGCUUACUUACUGAGAUGGUUGAUGUUAAUCAUGUGGCAUUGCUUUGA